AUGGCAGAACCUUACGCGAGUCCACGCUGGUCAGGCCUCGCCAUCGAUCUCCUGAUCCACGUCGUUCACCUCCUCGAGCUCCCGGAAGCUCUCGCCUUCCGCGCCGUCUGCCCGUUAUGGCGCUCUGCCUCCACGGCCGCCGCCGGCGUCCCGCGCACUCGCCAAACGCCAUGGCUCGUGUCCUUGGUGACGGACCCACUUCCCAGAGACAAGCAGAGUCGGGAUCCAAGCGUUUCUUCCCAGUUCCUUAACAUGCUGGACAAGAAAACCUACCAGGUCAGCUUCCCCCAGGGCAAGGGCAAGGCCGUGGCCUUGUGCGGUGCCUCCCAAGGCUGGCUGGUCGUGGCCAACGAGCUCUCCGACCUCAUCCUCUACGACCCCUUCGCCAUGACCACCAUCCCGCUGCCGCCCAUCACCGGCUUCUCCAAGUGCAUCCAGGGGGUCUACGCCGACGGCGACGCUACUCACGACGUGGUGUCUCCCGGCAUGGCCUUCUACGACAAGCUCGUGUUGUCCGGCUCCCCGUUCGCUGCGGCCGGCGCCAUCGCUCUGGUCGUCCACACAUCGGGCAAACAGCUCUCUUUCGCGAGGGUCGGAUCCGGAGCAGGCAGCAGCCGGAGUCCUUCUUGGCCGCUGCUUACUUCUAUCGUCCAAAGCGAUGAUCGUGACAGCUUCGCCGAUAUUGUCCACCACUCCCGUGCUGGCACCAGGUUCUACGCCCUCACGAUCAAAGGGCUACUCGUGUCAUUCACCUUUUCCCCCGGACGGAACAAAGCCAAGAGGGAAGUGAUAAUCGCCAAGGACGACGACCAGGACGUCGUCACCAGGUACCUGGUCUCGACUCCCUGGGCACAUCUUCUGCAGAUACGCGUCAUCCUCGACAAGGACCGGAAGAACGGCGUCACGGUCCAGAUAGACAGGGUAGACCUGAAAAGUCGCACACUGGUAGGACUAGCCCCCGCCGAGGCUCUACGGGGAUACGCGGUGUUCCUCGGGCAGAAUAGCCCGGGCGUUUUAUCCACCGACACAUUCCCGAAGCUGAGACCAGACUGUAUAUACUUCACAACUCCGCGGCUCAGGAACGAAAUCACCUACGAAAACCGCUACAACCGAUGGAGGAGCGGCGUAAAGGUUUACGACUUGAAAAAACAGACGUUGGAGCCUGAGUUCCCGUGGAGGGGUGAGAGUUACGGACCAGCCUCUAAUCCGCUCGAGGUCUGGUUUACGCCGAGCCAGCUGCCAUACUCGACAUUCAGUGCAUCGCUUCCUUCUCUCGAUGACUCGCAUUAG